GCUGGUGGAUUCCGCUCACCAGGUUUCGGGACGAAAAUGGGUCGUUGAUACAGAGUGCACUUGUCAUGCCAUAUCGCAAUUUUGUCCUCAAGGGGGCGCCACCUUUGGGGGCUUGCCAACAAGAGUGGACACCCGGAGAUUGGCCUCAUGGCAAGACGGUGUGGUUGCGAGCAUGUUCUUUCUGGGCCUCGUUCCACACCAUGGCGCUCCGCGCAGAUGCCCUCGGCGGAGAUAA